UUUAUUAUAUUAAAUGAAGGAACAGAAGGAAAGCAACUUGGGCUUGACAUUUCUUGCCUGUCCUCCUUACGCUUUCUCUCCUCCUUUCUAAUCAAUACAGCUCUGAUCUUCAUCUCUUUGGCUGCUUUGUUACUUCUGCAACUUGAUCUGUAACAACUCCUUCUCUGUGUCCUAUGAUUAUUGGCUUCAUAAAAAUAAGACGAUGGAGAAAGGGAAGCAACAUGCAGUCAUGGAUGGUUCUCUCUCACUAAACCCGGACAAGGAGAUUCCAAAAGAACUCAAACCUGAAACUCAGGAGGCUGCAUCCAAAAGAAGAAAGGUUGUUCAGAAGAAUGUUGUUACAGUGAAGAUUGAAGCAAAUGUUGGGAAACUAAAGAAUGAAGGGCCGCCUUCUGAUUUUUGGUCUUGGAGAAAAUAUGGGCAGAAACCUAUUAAAGGAUCUCCUUAUCCAAGGGGUUAUUAUAGGUGCAGCGCAUCAAAGGGUUGUUCAGCCAAAAAACAAGUAGAGAGAUGCAGAUCGGAUGCUUCAAUGCUCAUCAUCACCUACACCUCUAGCCAUAACCAUCCAGGUCCAAAUCUCUCUGACACCAACCUGAUCCAACCACCAAAAGAACCCCAAAACAUUCCCGCUGAAGAUCUCCCAGUACCCCCAAAACAGGAACAGCAAGAGGAAGAAAAACUCACUAUGACCACCAGAGAAAAGGAUCCAGCUGAGAAUCAUUUCCAAUACAUACAAUCCCCCAUAAACAGUUCCCAGGAUAUUAUCGCUAACCAAGGAGAGGAUCCUUUCACAGUGCACCUAGAAAGAUCCCAUGAGACAAUGGGUCUCCUCUUGGAUGAAGAGCCCUUGUGUUAUUCACAGCUCAUGACUUUCUCCACAGCGAUCUCAGAGGAAAAUGAUUUCUUUGAUGAGCUUGAAGAACUCCCCACAUAUUCAUCAUUCAUAAGUUUCAUGAGGAGCAAUUUCUCCGAUGAAAGGAUUCCUGCUGUCCCUUCUUGAUCCAAGUGUUCUUAGUCUUUGCAGCCUUGGAAUAUGUAGUUAUGUUGAAUCGUUGAUAUAUAUGAUAUACCCACUGAUAGUGAAA